UUCUGGGGCCGAGGCAGGCGGGCGGCUGGGCGGGCGAUGGCAGGGGCCGCAGCAGGCGGCAGAGGCGGAGGUGCCUGGGGACCCGGGCGCGGAGGGGCCGGGGGGCUCCGGCGGGGCUGCUCUCCACCAGUCCCCGCCGGCUCCCCCCGGGCCGGGCUGCAGCCGCUCAGGGCCACAGUCCCCUUCCAGCUGCAGCAGCCGCAUCAGCGCCGGGACGGGGGUGGCCGCGCAGCCAGUGUCCCAUGUUCGGUGGCCCCAGAAAAGUCAGUGUGUAGGCCUCAGCCACCCCAGGUCCGACGUACUUUCUCCCUGGACACCAUCCUCAGCUCCUACCUUCUGGGCCAGUGGCCACGAGAUGCUGAUGGGGCCUUCACCUGCUGUACCAAUGACAAGGCCACCCAGACACCCCUGUCCUGGCAAGAGCCAGAAGGUGAGCGGGCCAGCUCCUGCACACAUAAGCGCUCAGCGUCCUGGGGCAGCACAGACCACCGAAAAGAGAUUACCAAGUUGAAGCAACAGCUGCAGAGGACAAAGCUGAGCCGCAGUGGGAAGGAAAAAGAGCGGAGCUCCCCGCUCCAAGGGGACCAUGCUGUGCGGGGAGCACUGAGGGCGUCGCCUCCCAGCUUCCCCUCAGGGUCUCCUGUCCUGCGACUCAGCCCCUGCCUGCACAGGAGCCUGGAAGGACUCAACCAAGAGCUGGAGGAGGUGUUUGUGAAGGAGCAGGGCGAAGAAGAACUGCUGAGAAUCCUUGAGGUCCCUGAUGGACACCGUGCUCCUGCUCCUCCCCAGAAUGGCAGCUGUGAUCACUCCCUCCUACUGCUGGAGCCAGGCAACCUUGCCAGCUCUCCUUCCGUGCCCCUGGCAUCCCCCCAGCCUUCUGGCAGGGCCAGCCGUGAGGAGCACCGGGGUGCCAUUGAGCUGGCAUCUGUCCCCAGUGACAAAGCCUAUUCUCCAGGUCACCCAGCCUUCCUUGAAGAUGGCAGCCCAUCUCCAGUCCUUGCCUUUGCUGCCUCCCCUCGGCCCAAUCACAGCUAUGUCUUCAAACGGGAGCCCCCAGAAGGCUGUGAGAGAGUGCGCGUGUUUGAAGAGGCCACGUCCCCAGGUCCUGACCUGGCCUUCCUGACUUCCUGUCCUGACAAGAACAAAGUCCAUUUCAACCCGACUGGCUCAGCCUUCUGCCCUGUCAGCUUGAUGAAGCCACUUUUCCCUGGCAUGGGCUUCAUCUUCCGUAACUGCCCCUCAAGCCCGGGGUCUCCCCUUCCCCCUGCCAGCCCCAGGGCACCGACUCGGAAGGAUCCAGAGGCCUCCAAGGCCUCCCCACUGCCAUUCGAGCCAUGGCAGCGCACCCCACCAUCAGAAGAGUCUGUGCUUUUCCAGAGCUCCCUGGUGGUUUGAGGGGACCCCCCCCAACUUUACCAUGGAGACCAGUGCCUUGGUGGCAGGCCCCUCUCUAGCUCCCCAAGCAGGGGGAUGGAGGAGCCCUUCCCUCUCGGCCUUCGAGCACUUUCACUUAUUGUGUCAAAGCCCCAGGUCCUCUUUCUGAUGGACACCAGCCCCUCCAAAUGUGAGGGGACUUGCCUUCUCCUUUAGCAGCUGGGCAGCUGACAACUCACACCUGUGUACCUGCCGCUUCCCUCACUCAGUGGAAACUCACCCAAGAAGGUCUUGAGUUUCCCACCCCAGGAUGCAAGUCCAAAUGACUUAUAGGAGGCUCCUGUUGUGGUGGAGUAAGCUGGCUGUGAUUGAAGGAGAGGGGAAGGCCAAGUUCAAAUCCCUCUCCACCUCCAGAAACACGGAAGAGCAGCCCAGAAGGCAGACACCCCAGCUCCGUGCCUCCCUCUCUUUGGAGGAGCUGACCAAAGCGGCCCUAGAGGGCCACAACACUUGACCAAUUCAGCUGCUGGCAGAGGGAGGAACCAAGUAUUUCCCAAGUGGCAUUUUCAUCUCACUUUCACCCUGACUAAAGAUUGUCUUAAGCAGCAGCCCAGCCCCAGGUGGGUGGCAGGGGAGAGGGAGGGCUGGCAUUCCUCCAGGUGGCAAGUGGUGACUCUACACCCUCCACCUGCCCCAGGGCUGGGCUGGAUUAGAAAAAUGCCUAUUUUUCUUGUAUCAAUGUAGAAACUCUAUUUUCUCCCAAAGACACUAUUUUUGCAGCUGUUUGAAGUUUGUAUAUUUUCCGUACUGCAGAGCUUACACAAAAUUGAAGAAGAAUGUUAAUGUUCCAAGUUUUCUUAUCUUGUGUUUAGAGAUUUUUUUUUUUUUUUCAGAUCUUGGUGUUAAUAGACCAAAUAAAUCAAUACGUAUUCCCAGCAGCUUGAA